AUGGAUGAAUCUUGGCUGACUGUGGGCCCAAAAAGAACAUACAACACCCGACAUUCGCUGGUCGUCACCGACCCAACUACUACUCGGGCCCUCACGUGUUUAACUAAGGGAGAGCGGACGGGAUCCCGUGUUUUCACGUGGGUAUGGUCGUAUGUACUAGACAGCAUUGGAAAUGUGAUUCAAGUAUGA